AUGUUACAAGCUGCAAAAAUAUUAGGAACAGGAAUGGCUACAACAGGUUUAAUCGGAGCUGGUGUAGGUAUUGGUAUUGUAUUUGGUGCUUUAAUAUUAGGUGUUGCUAGAAAUCCAUCAUUAAGAGGACAAUUAUUCUCUUAUGCUAUUUUGGGUUUUGCUUUCGCUGAAGCAACUGGAUUAUUUGCUUUAAUGAUGGCUUUCUUAUUAUUAUACGUAGCUUAA